GGGGACUAAUAUGUCACGUGGAUGUAGCGUUGUCGCAGGAAUGAAGAGAGGCAACUGGCAGGGUCGAGGAGACUGGGGAAGAGCUGAUCAAAGACAACAUCACAAUCCAGGCAGGCAAAGGGAAAGCUGCAGCCACAGGUUUGAGUGCGGUGGUCCUGGGACGUCCCAGAAUGAACCCUCCCCUGAAACAGCCUCCCCGAGCCUGCCCCAGAGCUCACGAGCACCAGAGCUCCCAGGGUUUUACUUUGACCCUGAGAAGAAUCGCUAUUUCCGCCUUCUCCCAGGAAACAACAACUGCAACCCUCUGACCAGGGAGGGGAUCCAGCAGAGGGAGCAGGAGGGGCGCAGGGUGCGGCUACUGGAGGAGGACGAGAAGCCCAGGAAGAAAAGCUACCGGACUGGUUUGAACUCCACAAUCCUUUUACAGAAGAGACACUUGGGUUUAGUACCAGAGACCUCGUACUGCAGGCUGAUCCAUGAACUGAAGGUGAGCAGCAUGAGACGACACAAGCUGGAGGUGCAGAGUUCAGACUCCAGCAGCCCCAACACAGACAACUUCAAACUCAUAGUGGCAGACUCUGCCUGCGAGCGCGUGUUCACUGUGAAUGACGUGGAGCACGGGGGCUGCAAGUACGGCAUCAUGAACUUCAAGGGCUGCAGUGAGGGCUCUCUCUCCGUGGAGAUGUGUGAUAACCUCUACUUCACCAACCGCAAGGUGAAUUCCAUCUGCUGGGCAUCAGUAACGCACCCUGACUCCCACGUUCUGCUUUGUCUGGUGGGCAUCGCAGAUACCCCUGGCUGUGUCAGCCUUCUGCCAGCUUCCUUAUUUAGCAACUCCAACCCAGAUCAGCCGGGAAUGCUCUGCAGCUUUAAGAUUUCAACAGCCUGGUCCUGUGCCUGGUGCCUUAACCCACAGGCAGACAAGAACUUCAGCACAGGUUUAUCGAGACUGGUGAUUGUUACGGACGCUGUGACGGGCCGCAGACAGACCUACGGGAUCAAUAGUGACGUGCUGGCACAGCAGUUUGCACUGCGGGCUCCGGUGCUGUACAAUGGCUGUCGGACGGGAGAGAUCUUCAGCAUUGACCUGCGGCAGAGAGCCAGGAGGGGGCACGGCUGGAAAGGGGUGCGCUUCUACCAGGACUCUGCCGUCACCUCGGUGCGCAUCCUGCAGGAUGACAACUACCUCAUUGCAGCCGACAUGCUGGGAAAGGUAAAGCUCUGGGAUCUGCGGAUGGCUAAAGCAGUGCAGCAGUACGAAGGGCAUCACAAUGAGCAUGCCUACCUGCCCGUCCACGUGAACGAACAAGAAGGGCUGCUUCUAGCAGUUGGUCAGGACUGCUACACGAGGCUGUGGAGUCUGGGAGAUGGCCGGCUGCUGCGGACCAUCCCGUCGCCCCACCCGGCCGGCAAGGACUCUGUGCCCAGCGUGGUGUUCUCUUCACAGCUCGGGGGCCACAGGGGCCUGCCAGGGCUGCUCAUGGCAGUGAGCCAGGACCUCUACUACUUCUCAUACAACUCGGACUACCAGGAACAGCGAGGGGCAGACGCUUAGAGAAAUGGACUGUGUUUUAAAAAACUAAAAUUAUUGAAGAAAGAAAAUGGGUGUGGGAUUUUCUUUAUUGCAGUGUCUAGAAGGAACUGGGUUGAUCAUUGCACUGGCAGCUGAAAUAAGACUACUAAAUUAAUUGAUAAACCUGCAGCUAGAAGUAUUGGUACAAUUCCUUAGUAGUUGGUUUCCUGAGAUACCUAUAGUGAGCUGCUGAUAUCUCCAGUACUUCUCAUGUUCCCUCAUUUACUCUCGCAGUUUAGAGAUAAAGAGAUAGCCCACUUCCUUAUUUGCUGCGUUUCCACUAUCCAGCAUCCCAUUCUUGAAACUGUUCUCUGCGCACCUUGUUCUGAUGACAGUCCAGCAUACUCAAGCCAUGUGAGAACAAAGAUGCUUUCUCAGUGCCAGCUGAACCAAGACAAGCUACAAGGGAUGUCAAGAACGUUCUCCUCCUUUGAUAUCCCAUUCAUCCAGUAUGAUCCUGCUGCUUUGGAGAUACUCUGCAAGAACCAGUUUGAUCAGAUGGGACUAAUGUAACCUUUAUUAGCAACAAUUCACAGCAAUGUUAACUGGGUAGAUGCAGCAAAGGAGUGCAUUUAUCUGGCCUUAUAUCAAUCAUACAGUUGUUUUAUAAAAUAAAAUGUUUCAUGCAUUAUGGCCAUUCUCUGCCUCCCCCCCAUGUACAAAUCAGUUAAUAAACCAUUUUCAUUUUAA